AGUCCCCAGCCGCGGGCAUUGCAUUCGCCAACACCCUCUGCGGAAUCACUCCGCCGCCCACGCCGCAGAGACCCGCCGGAUUCGAGGACCUCAACGAUUGCGGCCAGACCUGUGUCGGCAAUAUGCUCGACAAGAACACCGAGUGGGGCUGCGCGGCCAACGACGCAUCGUGCCUCUGUGCCUACGGAACCAACGACUUCCUCAAUGGUGUCGAGGGCUGCUCUAACGGCUAUUGCCCGGGCCUGGGCCAGUCUCCUGCCGAGGGUAUCGCUUUCGGCCAGAACUUCUGCGCCCCUCCAUGAACCCUUGUCGCGCUCUCUUGACGGUCUAACACGCAGGCCGCGGGUACAUAUGUUGAACUUGCUGUGGUACUGGCGUUUAUCUUAAUGUAACAUGGAGAGAUAUUGGAUAGCAUGUUAUGGAUGUCUCUAUUCACUUCAGUGAGGAGGAAAAUUGUUGAUAUAUUGGUGCAUCAGUUCAUAUUUUCUCAUGGCUGGCUGCAGAGUACUCGUAUAGACGCGUGUUGAUCAGCGCGAUCGCAUAACACAAAGAGCCUUUAUAUCGUU